CGAUCGUUCUCGCCAUACAGCACCGGUAGUCAACGCGGUGACAAGAGGCAAAAGGUUCUCAUAAGUCUUGCCCCCUCGCUUCCUUAUCAUCUUUCACAGCACACCACGCAAUUGCCCGUCUACUCUGUGCAGACGAGCCUCAAAAAUCUUGCUCGAGUGAUCUUUUGGCGUCUUUUCCGCCAAGCCAUUUCCUCCUUGCAGGACUGCUUCACCCAGGUUUCUGCGCAAGCGGACACAAGCGAACGCGCGGUUGUGUGCGCUUGACCACCUACGUAUGGCGCAGCGCUACUACUCUCCCGUUGUGGUACUGUGAGAGAACAGGGACCUAAAUCGAAACCAUGGCUCGCCGUGAUGCUGCAGCGUCGUUGCAGGAAGCACCCUCCGCGCAGGCAAGCCUGGCUGCAGUGGAUGAUGCGGAAGAGGGAGAUCUCGGACAGUCCCGCAGCUCGACACCAAGUCGCCACUCUGCCAGCCUGCAGAACGCUUCUGCACAGAUGGUCAGAGCUCUUCCGCCCUCGGCCGGUGCCGGUCAGCCUGCUUCGCAAAUCUUGUCGUCAGCGGAUAGAGCAGCGUCUGCUUCACAGCGGACGUACAACCAACGCGUGCCUCAGCAUCUCCUGGCCAGCUCCUCGAGCUCUAAUCUUUUCAGCGCGGGCUCCCACACAUCAACGUCGAUCGGCCCCGCGGCGGUCACAUCUCGAGGUGCCGAGCGGAGGACCUCUGCUGGCGGAGGAGACCUCGCUUCGCUGGCCGCUGGCGAUACUUUGCCGCAGAUGGGCAUGAUGGGAGGCAGCGAGACCUACUCUGAGGCCACAUUUCCGCCAGCGCCUGAGUAUGGUACGGCAGUGAGCCCGACAUCAUUGGUCCUCGCCCCCUCGGACGGCUUUACGACUGGAGCUGAAGUGAGACGACAUAAUCAAAAGAGCGAGCAACGCACAUCAACAUCUCGACGAAGCCAGACGGACCCAGAGUCGCCUAGUGGCCCAGUAGGUGGGCCCUCGGAGCUGCGAAGGGAGGCUCUACAGCGAUGGGUCCUGAGCGUCGGCUGCGUCAAUUUCGACUUGGACAGGGGGCCCGACCUGGAGUUCUUGUACCCGCCUCUUGGCAUUUCCCGAGAGGAGAGGGACAACAUUGCUUUCUCAUCUUUCCCCGACACGUCCAUUUUCGAUGAUGGCUAUUCCGUCUUCUCUUGGCGGGUCAGGGAAGUUCCUCUGAGCUCGUCCGGCUCUGAGCCUCCCGCAAUUGCAUCAUCUGCUGCCGGGAAGAGCUCGACCCUUCCGAGCCGCCAGUACUCCUCGAGACGUGUCAGUAAUACCAAUGCCUCUUCCUCUGGUGGAAGCACCAUGAAUCGCUCUGGCUCCAAAGGCCAGCGCUCGCUGCUUGGAGCGCAUCUAUUUGGGCAUCACGCCAAUGCAAGCUCCUCUUCAACCUCGGUCGCCUCAAACGAUCCUAUGGCGUCUGUAUCUUCUGCCUCAAGAGACGGUUCCAAGACUGACGUUUUUCGAUCGCUAGCGAGGGGCGUUUCAAGCGCAAAGAAAGAUGCCGCAGAUCAUUCUGCAGGGGCAAGCACGUCUUCAAGCCGGAGUGCGUCGCCAAUGCCUUCCCCUUCACGCUCUUCCGUGUUUGCUUUCGGCAGCAGCAAGCAGGCAGACAAGAGCCUAGAGGCUGCAGGUGGCGAGAGCGUCUCUUCGCAGGAGGUAUCUGCGUCUCGUCUUGCAGCAACUGACUCGUCUAGUGCUGAUGGCUACCAGCUGCUGUGCACCGACGUCGAUGCCCAGCAAGAGGCAACGGGUGCACGUCUUUCAGCUGAAGAAGAGCGACGCUUAGAGCGUGAAGCUUCAGCCACGUCACACGACCACAACAGCUCUGCGACAGCUCCUCAACAAAUCAAUGCACCUGCAAGGAAGAGUAGCAGCCAGAGUGUGAGCUACAUUUACGGCUAUGUCUUCUUUCGACAGAGGAGGGAUGCCGCAAUCCGGAGAGGAUAUUUUCAAAAGUCUCUCGUCAUCCUGUCGCACUUGCCGUACGUAUCGCUAUUCAGCCGCUUGGUGGCCAAGCUAGGACCAUUGUAUUUUGAACACGGCAUGCCUAUGCUGGAGUCAUUCUGUCAUGAAGUCGCGAACUGGCCAUCUCCGGAAGCGGGCUCUACACUCUCGUUGCCUGUCUUGGGCACAGUUCUUUCAGCGGCAUUGCCUCUCGGUUAUCAGACCCAGACCUCGAAUGCCGCUCAGGCCUGUCUACCACCAGCCACCAGCGCCGCCGGCAAGGCCAACUCUGUUCUUAUUCGCAAGAAACGGAGGAGUCGAGGCGGAGCAGCGGAUGGGGAGGACGAAAAUGAUCCUCUACUCGCUUCCAUUCCCAGCAAUCCCUUGUUCGCUGUAUUGCGGGAUACAAUCUCAGACCUUUGGCUGGUCUGGGAGUGCAUGCUCCUCGCAGAACCGCUACUCGUGGUGGGCCCCGACCCCAAGCAGUGCAGCGAGGCAGUGUGGCAUCUGCUAGACAUGAUCAGACCCGUGCCAUUCGGUGGAGAUUGGAGACCAUUCUUCACCAUUCAUGAUUACGACUUCAAGACUCUGAUCACAAGGAACAAACCUCUGGCAGGUACGAUCUUGGGGGUCACCAAUCCCUUCAUGUUACAAGUGUGUAGCCACUGGCCGAACACUCUGCGCGUGGGCAAAGCUGCUCCCAAGCCCACCAGGCAUUUGAGCACUUCUAGCGUUAAUCGCAAGCCUAGUUCUGGAGCUGGUCCAAGCGGGACAGCAGCGUCAACAUUGAGUGCAGCUGGAGGCGGUAUUGCUGGCGGCAACAGCGCCGGCGGUGGUGGUCCUGAGCAUAUUCCGGGUUUUACAAGCAAGCGCAAAAGAAGGAUCAGCAAGGAUAGGCCGCUCCUUCGCCGUCUAUUGGAAAUGGCCGAGAGGCGCGACGAUGACGAGGCAGCCAACGCCAUGCUGAGAAGGUAUUUCUCCGACCUCACCGAGCGCUUCCUGGCCCCUCUCAAUCGGUAUGUCUCUUCACUAAUUCCAGCUGGCUUCAAUCUAUCCUCGCCCGCCGAAGCACCCAAAAUCAAGCCCUUCAGCGAAACGGACUUUCUCGCCUCGCUUAGGGCUCACGGUACUCCGCUGCCGAUCCGAAGCAGAUCGCUGCCGACCGGCAACGCAGUGCGGCAGUCUCUGUACCUCGACUUCCUCAGAUGCCCCAACUUUGGGCUGUGGCUUCACGAUAAGAUUGCCGCUGCUCAGGAGGAACAAUGGAGAAGGAGAGUUGCUAUUUUGGAGGAAGGUGACGUCCUUUCCUAUGCGCGAGACCAUGGAGAGGUCGAAACUCUGGACUUGUGGGCCAGGCUCGUCGAAGAAAUCCGUUCACUCGAUGCAAAGAUUUCAGCACCUCUCGAGCCCGGACCUGGGUCACGAUGGCGCGUCGACACGCCGGCUAGCAGCGCUGCUAGAGGCGGAGCCAAGGAUUCGAUGGAUGGAGCGACCAGGAUAGCUCCUGUCGAUCUGAGUCAGCAUGCUGCACCUGUGCUUCCGACGAACCGCUCCACCGCCCAUACGCACGUGAGGAGCGCAUCGGUGUCCACUGUCAACUCGGGAACGGGCACAGGCGCGACUGACGGGCAAGGAAGAGGCUCUCUUCUAGCUCGCCGAGCUCGCCUCUGCGCUCAGCUAGACAAGCUUGGGCAGACCCUAUCAGAUGAUUUGAAGGGCAGCCUGAGACUCAGUUGAGAAACGUUAAUGUCAUUGACACGAGAUGCAGCCAUCUAUCGAGUUGUGACUCUGGGUUUGACAAUGAGCGGUGGAUGUCGCUUGAGAAGCGCUGGUUCGCUAGGGACACUGUCCGCAGGUGCUUUGCUUGCUAGGCGACGUGAGCGUAUGCGACUCCCGUCUGAUAUGGUGCAUCAUGCUGCACAUGCUUCGAUGCUACAGCCGCUCCCUAGGCCUUCUCCCCCCUCCCCUCCCUUGCUGUGUGUCCAUGAGUCAAGCUCUCGUCCAUGUAGCAGCUCCGCGCGAACUCCAACUCGAG